UUUCAUCUCCAAAAAUAUUUUAUUGUUAUUAAUAUUGUUCAUAUAUAUAUAUAAAUAAUUACAAUAAAAUGGAUUGCAUAUCAGGCAAAAUCCCUAGUGAUAGUUCUGUUACUAAUAUUGUUCGAAGAUCAGCCAACUUUGAACCAUCCAUUUGGUCUUUUGAUUUCAUUCAGUCUCUUUCAAGCAAAUAUAAGGGAGAACCUUAUAUAAGUCGAGUAAAAAAGCUCGAGGAAGAUGUGAAAAGGAUGCUAGUUGAGAUGGAAAACUCUUUAGCUCAACUUGAACUCAUUGACACGUUACAAAGACUUGGAGUAUCUUAUCGUUUUGAGAAUGAAAUAAAUACUAUUUUAAAAGAAAAAUAUGUCAAUAUUAAUGGUAAUAUUAAUAACCCUAAUUAUAAUUUAUAUGCCACUGCUCUUGAAUUUAGGCUUCUACGUCAACAUGGUUAUGCUGUACCUCAAGAGACUUUUAAUUAUUUUAAGGACGAGACAGGAAAAUUCAAAACAAACAUAAGUGGUGAUAUCAUGGGAGUAUUGGCCUUAUAUGAAGCUUCAUUCUAUGAAAAAAAAGACGAAAGCAUUUUAGAGGAAGCUAGAAUUUUCACAACUGAACGUCUCAAAAACUACACAAUAAUGAUAUCAGAGCAAAAGAAAUUGAUGAUUAAUAAUAAUUAUGAUUAUUAUUACAAUAUUGAAUUAGUGAAUCAUGCUUUGGAGCUCCCACUUCAUCGAAGGACCACAAGAAUAGAAGCUAAGUGGUUCAUCGAUAUGUACAAGAAAAAACAAGACAUGAAUCCUAUUUUGCUUGAGUUUGCCAAACUCGAUUUCAACAUGAUACAAUCAACACAUCAUGAAGAUUUGAAACAUAUAUUCAGGUGGUGGAGGCAUACUAAACUUGGUGAGAAAUUGAAUUUUGCAAGAGAUCGAUUGAUGGAAUGUUUUUUAUGGAAAGUUGGAAUAAGAUUUGAGCCAAAAUUCAGUUAUUUUAGAACAACAACUGUCAAAUUACUUGAGCUGAUAACAUUAAUUGAUGAUAUAUAUGAUGUUUAUGGAACAUUAGAUGAAUUAGAGCUUUUCACCAAAGCUAUUGAGAGAUGGGAUGUGGAAAUGAUAAAUGAAUUACCAGAAUACAUGAAGAUGCCUUAUAUUGUUUUACACAAUACAAUAAAUGAAAUGGUAUUUGAGAUAUUAAGAGAUCAACACAUCACCAUCAAAAUUCAAUACUUAAAGAAAACGUGGGUAGAUAUGUGUAGAUGUUUUCUACAAGAAGCAAAAUGGUACUACAGUGGAUACACACCAACAUUGGAAGAAUAUAUUGAAAAUGGUUGGAUUUCAGUGGGAGCACCAGUUCUUAUUGUGCAUGCUUAUUUUUCUCAUUCAAAUAAUAAUAAAGAGAUUUUCGAAUGCUUGGAACAUGGUUAUUAUCCUACCAUAAUUCGUCACAGUGCCAUAAUAAUACGACUUACAAAUGACCUAGCAACAUCAUCUGAGGAACUGAAAAGAGGUGAUGCUCCGACGUCAAUUCAAUGUUACAUGCAAGAAAAAAAUAUAUGUGAAGAGGAAGCUCGUGAACAUAUUAAGUUUUUAAUAAGUGAAGCGUGGAAGGAGAUGAAUAUCAGUGAAUCUGAUGAUGGAUUAAUAUAUCCAAUCUCAUUGAUUGAAGAUGCGAGAAACUUUGCUAGGAUAGGAUUAUUCAUGUAUCAACAUGGUGAUGGUCACAGUUCUCAGGAUAAUCUAUCCAAAGAAAGAAUUUCAUCCUUUAUUAUUAAACCUAUUCCCCUAUAGAUACAAUUAAUUAGCUAAUUAUAAGUGUUAAUUGAUCAAUAAAUUUAAAUGUAUAUUUUGUCUAAUGUACUUAUGUUAUCAAAUAAUAUAAUGAAAAUAAUGUUGGGUUUUAUGCCCUAAAUAAAACUCUAUUUCAAUGUAAUCUUUAUCUUUUAAAUAUCAAUAAAGAAACAGAAGUAUUUUCAUCA